AGUAAUAUAUUUAAUAACUAAACCUUUUUAUUUUUUUUAUCUCUUACCACUAUUACAAACUCAAAAACUCUCUUAUAUAAACUCAAUUCCUCCCCACUUGAUUCCAUGUCAGUCUCACGAUUCUUAUCAAAUCAUUUCGGAUUGUCAUAACCGACUAACUAACCCGUCCAGAUAAAACAAAAUGUAUAUUGCAUCAACUUCCAGAUAUUCUAUAAUAUCAAUAUUAUCCAUAUUCAGCUUAUUGUUCUCUCACCAAGGAACUCAUGGGGACGAUGGAGGUUGGCAAGGUGGCCACGCCACGUUCUACGGUGGCGGUGACGCUUCCGGCACCAUGGGUGGAGCUUGUGGCUAUGGAAACCUGUAUAGCCAAGGUUACGGGACGAACACAGCGGCUUUAAGUACAGCACUGUUCAACAACGGACUCACGUGCGGCGCGUGCUACGAGAUGAAGUGCAACGAUGACCCGAGGUGGUGUGUCGGUUCCACAAUCACCGUCACGGCUACAAACUUUUGUCCACCGAACUUUGGCCUCUCGAACGAUAACGGAGGAUGGUGCAACCCUCCUCUUCAACACUUCGACCUAGCCGAGCCAGCUUUUCUCCAAAUCGCUCAGUACCGUGCCGGCAUUGUCCCUGUCUCUUUCCGAAGAGUACCGUGUAUGAAGAAAGGAGGGAUAAGGUUUACAAUCAACGGACACUCUUACUUCAACCUUGUUCUGAUCUCCAACGUAGGAGGAGCAGGAGACGUUCACGCUGUCUCGAUCAGAGGCUCAAAAUCAGGGUUGUGGCAAGCAAUGUCUAGGAACUGGGGGCAAAACUGGCAGAGCAAUUCUUACCUCAACGACCAGAGCCUCUCGUUCCAGGUCACAACCAGCGAUGGUCGCAUCGUCGUCAGCAACGACGUGGCUCCUUCUAAUUGGCAGUUCGGACAAACCUUCCAAGGUGGUCAGUUCUGAGUCCUCUCUCAUGUGUUUGGUGUGCUGAUGUGGCUGCGUAUUGCUGAGGUGGCUCAUAAGCACCCGCUUGGCUUUCUAAUGGUUGUAUUUAUCGUGCCUACGAAGAGCAAGUUUUUAUUUUGUUUUACAUGUUUAUUGAACUUAGCCUUUUGGCAUAUACUCAAAAAUGUGUUCGUCAAAUACAUAUUGUUUAAAGAAAGUCUUUUAAGGA